GAGAUGCUCCUUCUGGGUCUGUACGGAUGCGGAGCCAGGGUGGACAGCGUCAAGUGACCGUUAUUGGCGGACUUUGAGCAGACAAAUUUCUCCAGGCCUGGAGGAAUUGUGGAGAAUAUGCGGGGUACCUUGCUGCCCACACUCCCAUGGCAUUUUCCACCCAUCCAUGCACUCCAGCUCUCCAGAAAUCCACUUUUGGACCGUCCACAUGCAACGGCCGGCCAGGCCCGCCACGACGGAAUAACGAUCUGAGACCUCGCCUGGUCUUCACCUCUUGCCGAUGCCAUUGGCCAUCACGGCCAUGGGAACGCUGUGUGCUUUUCAAACUCUUUUGGAAAAGAAAAAGCGCAACGGGCAUAGAAUCCCAUCGUGAAAGGCAUCCGACAAGCCGAAACAACUCAACCCACCCCGAUUUCAAGCUGAACCGGCGAGGCGGCGUAGACUGCAGCCCGCUUGGGAAUGCUUGUCAAAUCGACUCCACUUCUAGUUAUUCCAUUGUCGAACCCGUCCCGCGGUUCCCAUCCCCUUGCUCGAUGAUCACGCCUAUACGGAUAGUCCGACGAGUCUCCCCGCCGCGCCUUGCACCAUCUGAUGAAUCGCCAUCCUCCUCUGUUCGCAACACUUUGAGGAAACGUCCAGUCUUCGGCCGAAUUUCAAUUCGGCUUGGCGCAACAACCAGGGGCGGUACCCGCUAUCUGCUGCCUACCCUACUUAGCUACCAACCGUCCAUCCGCGUGCCUGGUAGCACUGCACUUGCUACCUUCUGAUUCCCGGGAAUCUGUUACUCCAAAGCCAUGAUACGGCGUGCCCCGGUGUGGUGAUAUACCCGCUGUUAUCGCCGGGUCUUCGCUUGCUCUCUCUUGUUGGCCCGCUCCGUUUCGCCAUCCUUCUUUCUCCGGCUGCGCGUUCCCGGCUGUUUUGUGAGGCUCUGAUGCCGGGAUCAUUCGCCAAUAAGCCUUGCUGAAGGGCGUUGUGCCUUCAUAGCUGCAUUUUCGACCACUUCAAACUAUCUCGGUCGUUUCGCCUCCUGGCCUGAUCAACGAUAACGUGUAUCACGUUCUCACCCAUCCCAACGUCGCUCUGGCUCCGGACUGGACUCCCGCCACACUUCUGUAGCCAGGCCGAAGUACGCGGC